AUGCCAAGCAAACAACCUGGAAUUUCCAACAGUGAGCCCUGCCGCCGUUGUCAUGACUCUCCUUCCGUGCUCGUCGUGCGCUCGGAGCCACUAUGCCAUGAAUGUUUUGCUCGCUAUGUGCACACCAAAUGCAUCAAGCGUCUAGAGUCUUUCCGUGUGAAUUUCUCGGCCACAGCCCCGCAACGUCGAGUGCUUGUACCCCUCUCCUUUGGUGUCUCCUCCAUAGCUCUCCUGCACAUCUUGCAUCUUCAUUUGACCACACAGAAGAGCAAGACGGGUCGUACUGGCUUUUCUAUCCACGCCGUUCACAUAGAGGAUUCCUACCAGGAUACCCAGGCCCAUGAUCUACUACGCAAGGUCCAAGAACAGUACCCCGACUGUCAAUUCACGUCACUUCCACUACACGACGUUUUCAGUAUCAAUUCAGUUGACCCAGCUCUUCAGGCCUUGCUUCCAGAAUUCAUUGCGGGAGAAGAUGCAGACUUGUCACCUCAACAGUCACUCACGCGUUUCAUGGCCUCACUCACAUCGGCCGCAGCCAGAGCGGACGUUUUGUCCAUCCUCAGAACUCGGCUCAUCAUAGAACAUGCAAAGGCUACUGGAUGCCAAAGCGUUCUCUGGGGAGACAGUACGACCAAGCUCGCUGAAAAGACUCUGUCCGAAACAGCCAAAGGUCGAGGAUAUUCCUUACCGUGGCAAGUCACAGAUGGGCCGUCCCCCUUUGGUUUGAAUGUUCACUAUCCACUCCGUGAUGUGCUCAAGAAGGAACUCGUAUCAUACAUCAACAUGGCGCAGCCUGAGCUUGCCGCUCUGGUGCAGAGCUCUUCAUACGGCGCCACGCAGGCUUCCACAAGUUCCAAGAACACCACUAUCGACGACCUCAUGAAGCAGUACUUCGAGUCCGUCGAAGAAAACUUCCCCAGCAUAGUCUCCAAUGUAGUCCGUACGACGAGUAAACUUCAGGUGCCCGCAGGUGCGCCAACAGAAGCCUGUUGUAGUCUUUGCAAAAUGCCCGUGCCUGGUGGCAAGUUUGGCAUCCACGGCUGGGGUGGUGAUCAGCAAGAUGGCAUUGAUUUCGCAUCAGUGGAUGUCAGCCAACAGAUCUGCUAUGGCUGCACAAGAUCAAUUCCAAAGCCUACGGAUUCAUGGAAGUUGGGAAAACCGAAUACCCCCUCUGCUUUGGGCUCUUCGUUGAUUAUCACUGUAUUCAUCGAAAUUCCACUUGCAUGUAUAGCCGGUAAAUCAAUCAAAACCCUGGUCGCAGUAAAAGCCUCAAUGGCUCUGAGUCCGGAUAUCCAUUGGACCGCAGUUCUUUAUCAUCCAAUUCGAUGCAAUCGCAUAACACUCCUCUCGAUUAAAGCUGGCUUGUCUCCCGAUACAAUCAUCAAGGAACACCCUCCUGUAUGA